CAAUCUUACCUUCCCUCCUGUAACAGUCCACCUGAAAAACUCUCUCUUUCUUGAUGCCCUAAUUCUUUCUGUGACCAACCUUCGCAUAUCCUCUCUGCCUAUUUUCACAAUCUGCACCUAUCAACCCAUACAAAUCUCUUUCUUCAUCUAUAAUCCUCUCGUAAAUUCUCUCUCUUCAAGCCUUGAUUCACCACACACAUCGAUCCCUGUGAUUCUGUUAUGCGUUUUGGCCUUGCCGACUCCUCGGCUUACGGCGGAGCCACGGUGUCGAUCGGGAAGCAUUGAGGCUCUUAUUGAGCGGUUUCAGCGAAAGGUUUACAAACAUGCAAUCCUGAAAUUUCUGAACGAUCAUCAAGAGCUUUGCAGGGGGUAACGCCUUCAGGUCUUGCAAGAAAUGGAUCCCGGUCGCUAUGGUCUUCAGCAAGGAUGGGAAAAUAACAGCGCUUUGGAAGGGUAUGGUGCAGUCCAUGAGCCAAACUUCCGGGUUGGUGGUUCAUAUGAUGAUAGGAGGUUUAUUGAUGAAAGAUUCUCAAGGGAUAAUAUCUACUCAAGGAAUGCCUUCCAUCGGGAUAUACUGGAGAGGGAGGACUAUCCACCUCCUCCACCUGCAGUUGGUAUAUGGCCUCAAACUAGGAGGAGAAGUUAUGAAGAAGAUUAUUCACUUGAGAGGGACUCUAGGCGACAUGAGAAGCCAUACGCUGAUUCAUAUCAUGAAAUGGAUUCUUUCCGUGAAGCUAGCAAUUAUCAUGAAAAUGAUACAUUUAAGGAAUAUGACAAGUUUCGGGAUGGCUAUCGCAGUGUUGACAACUACCGUGAUCAUGGAUAUGACAAGCCUGCUAGAUAUGGGGGGCGUGAGCGUGAUGAUUAUGUGUAUGAUGAUUCUGAUUACAGAUCUCGUCUUUCCCAUCAAAGCCGGGACGAUAGCCGUGAGAGGGAUUAUGAUUAUGGCAGACACAGUUAUGAUUCUGAUUAUGAUAGAGGCAGUAGGAGAGAUAGUAGUUGGAGGAGUCGUGAAUCUCGUGAACGAGAUCGUGAGAAGAGAUGUUUGAGCCGGGAAAGAGACAGGAGUCCACAUAGAAGGCAUGAGCGUUCUCGGUCUCGAGGACGUGAUGAUCGGACGAGGUCAAGGUCUCCACGGGGUCGAAGUCAUGGUCGGAGUCAUCGAGAAGACAGUUAUGAUGAUGAUAGGCGUGAGAGGAGUGAGAAGCGAAGGGAUCGUGAACGCCUACAUGAGCAUUACUCUGUGGCUCCAUCUGCUACAGUUGUUGUGAAGGGUCUCUCACAGAAGACAACUGAGGAAGAUUUGUACCAAAUUCUUGCUGAAUGGGGACCCCUUCGCCAUGUACGUGUGAUCAAAGAACGCAAUUCGGGCAUCUCUCGUGGAUUUGCUUUUAUUGAUUUUCCUUCUGUGGGAGCUGCAUGUGCAAUGAUGGAUAAACUUGGAGAUGACGGUCUUGUUGUAGAUGGUAGGAAGCUCUUCUUCGAAUACAGUAGCAAGCCAACUGGUGGGGGGACAGGUGGACCGGAUAAUGCAUUAAAAUCUGGUCAUGCUAACCAUAAAAGUAUCACUGUACCGUCUGAUUGGAUGUGCACAAUCUGUGGUUGUGUCAAUUUUGCACGGCGAACAUCCUGCUUUCAGUGUAAUGAGCCACGAACAGAUGAUGCUCCACCCGCAGAUAUGGCAUCAUCAAAUUCAACAGCAAAUUGGAAGAAAGGGGAGGCAGGUCCUACCCAUGUUUUGGUCGUCCGUGGAUUGGAUGAAAAUGCUGAUGAAGAAAUGCUUCGUUAUGAAUUUUCCAAACAUGCUCCAAUUAAGGAUCUUCGUCUGGUGAGAGACAAAUUUACUCAUGUUUCAAGGGGGUUUGCUUUUGUACAUUUUCAUACGGUUGAGGAUGCUACCAAAGCGCUUGAAGCAACAAACGGGACAACUCUAGAGAAGAACGGGCAGAUUCUGCGAGUAGCAUAUGCAAAAAGCAUUCUUGGACCGGGCUCAGGGCCAUCAGGAUCAUCUCAGUCGAGCAGUCUUGCUGCUGCUGCAAUCGAGGCUGCAACAUUUUCUCAGCAGUAUGAUGCUGUUGGAUGGGCACCAAAGGAAUAUAAUCCAGAUGAUAAACAGUCCACCGGUGGGCAGGUGCAGGGUGGUGGAGAGGUUGCAGGUCCAAAGGAUGCCUCUGCUCCACAAUCUGGAUUUGUAUGGGAUGAAGCAUCUGGCUAUUAUUACGAUGCUUCUUCUGGGUUCUAUUAUGAUGGAAAUUCAGGUUUAUAUUAUGAUGGUAACAAUGGGAUUUGGUAUUCUUUCGAUCAACAAUCUCAGCAGUAUGUGCCCUGCACUGAUCAGAAUAACAACAAAAUAGACGGAAAACAAACUGAAUCUUCCAAGGCAUCUGAUGGUUCUAACAAUCGGAAAGUGGUUAUUUCUGCACCGGCUGCUACAAUAACAUCAAAUGAGAAGGCUACGUCGUUGCCAGAUGCUGUUCAGGCUGCUGCCAGUGCAGCGAUAGCUGCGGAGAAGAAAGAAAAGGAGAGGUUGAAAGAGAUUAGGCUUGCUUCAAAGAGCAGUAUUCUGGCCAACAAGAAGAAAAUGAGUAAUGUGUUGACAAUGUGGAAGCAGAGGAGUCACGAAGGGCAAGCCCCUCGUGUGGCAAUUGAUGACAAUCACCCAUCUGCUUCAGCUGAAGACAGAUCCAAUUCUGUUGGAGGGUCCACAAAGAGCAGGUACAAAACAGAGGCAUUGACCGUGAAGGAGAAUAUAACAACCAGUUCUGUUUUUCCCACCACCACUAUUGCUUCCCAGCCUGUCAGUUUGGAGGCUGAGGAUAGGCCAAGGCCUGUGGUUAACAGCUCAGGGGGCGCUUUAAUGGGGGUAAUUAGAGGGUCUGGAAGGGGUUUGGUGAAAUCAGAUGCUUCUUAUUCUGGGUCAUUAGCCGGAGCUUUGUCCUCUUCACCUGCUGGUUCACACAAUGCAGGUUCAUACAUUGCAGGUUCUUCAUCAACACAUGCCGAUGCACCCACAACUGUGACACCCUUUAGAACAGAUGCAACUGCUUUGGGUUCUUACACACCACCCGUGGCUGCUGGAAGCGGCAAGAGGAGGUUUUCUGAGAUGCCACUGCAGUCAGCGUCUACUCAACAGCCUCAAACUACCUAUAGGGAUCGUGCAGCCGAGAGGAGGAGCUUGUAUGGUUCGUCAUCUUCUAUUGGAGAUAAUGCAUCUGACCUUGGCAUUGGGAAUUCAAAUCGAGAUUCGGCAUUCAAAAGGAGUUUGGUUGAUUCAAUGCCUUUUCCACCUGGUGUUGGGGGAGGGCGUGGUUCCGGAGAGGCUAAUGUACAGAGUUAUGAGGUGAUUACAGCAGACAAAGCCAUUGAUGAGAGCAAUGUGGGAAACCGGAUGCUUCGCAGCAUGGGCUGGCAGGAAGGCUUGGUAUCAUUUUCCACUCUUGCACUAGUUUGCAUUUCAAGUUUUGAAUAUUUGCUAAUGAUAGGAGCUAUUAAAACAUCUCUUAUAAUGUUAAUGGUGACUCUCUUCUGCCCCGUGAGUCCAAUGGACAUUGCCCGGUUGUUUUUUACCUUUUUGGUUACACUCCGUUUGUUUGGACAAAAAGCAUUUUUUUUGCAUUUGGUACAACAAAAGACGAAAGUCAACGCAAAAGAAGCCAAUUUGGGUGCAAAGUGGAAAAUAUUUUUCAAACUAAAAUUUUACCAAUGCCACCACACUACCACUGCCAUCAUAUCUUCGUCCACCAUCACCAUCACUGUUGCUGUUGCCACCACCAUUUCUGCCACUGCCACCACCAUCACCACCACCAUUUUUACGAAUGUUCAUUGGUUUCAAGAACACAUACAUAAGAAAACAUUUUCUCCAGAAAGCAUUUUGUAGAAAAGGUUGUGUCUGCUGAAAUGAAUGGAGCAUUAGAUUUGUGAUAUAUGAGUAGCCUGUGCAUAUAUGCUUUCAUCUCUCUGCCUUCGCCAGUCACCUGUUACAUUCGGUUUCAGAUGACCUAAGGGGUUUUGAAGGUUGAAAGGGCAUAAUGGUAGCAGUGGGUGUUUCUUUUAAUGCUUUAUCAGGAGUCUGACAUUGCUUUGGUGUGUCGUUUUUUUCUUGUUUCCUUUCUGAUUUGAUGUGCAGGGGUUGGGGAAGGAUGGGAGUGGCAUGGUAGAGCCCGUGCAAGCACAAGCCAUGGAAAAAAGAGCUGGACUGG